UCGUUUGGUUUGAGACAGGGAGGAGGGGGCGGAGGGAGGAGGUGAGCAGGUGAGGGGCGUUCUCUCUAAUGGGUCCCUUGCUCGACUUCCGGUGGCCUGAAGAAACUAAUUUCAAAUCUACAGACCCGUGGGGGCAACUGCGAUUGCACCUUUGCUCUUUUAACAACCGCUGUGCUAAUCGAAGUGGUUAAAGGCUCGUUUUUGAACUUCUCUCAGUAAACUGAGAAAGUAACUACUUCCUGAAAGCAUCAAGAAGAAAAAUGUCGGUGACAUUGCAUACAGAUGUAGGUGAUAUUAAAAUAGAAGUCUUCUGUGAGAGGACACCCAAAACAUGUGAAAAUUUCUUGGCUCUUUGUGCCAGUAAUUACUACAAUGGCUGUAUAUUUCAUAGAAAUAUCAAGGGUUUCAUGGUUCAAACAGGAGAUCCGACAGGUACUGGAAGAGGAGGUAGCAGUAUCUGGGGCAAGAAAUUUGAAGAUGAAUACAGUGAAUAUCUUAAGCACAACGUUAGAGGUGUUGUAUCUAUGGCUAAUAAUGGCCCAAACACCAAUGGAUCUCAGUUCUUCAUCACCUAUGGGAAGCAGCCACAUCUGGACAUGAAAUACACAGUAUUUGGAAAGGUAAUAGAUGGUCUGGAGACUCUAGAUGAAUUGGAGAAGUUACCAGUAAAUGAGAAGACAUAUCGACCUCUUAAUGAUGUACACAUUAAGGACAUAACUAUUCAUGCCAACCCAUUUGCUCAGUAGCUAUAAUAGACCUGGAUAAAUACUUGGAAAACUAUUCAAGGAACACACCUAUUAUGGUUUACCCAGCUUUAAUUAUGUCAGAGAUUGCAUCAUUAUACAACUUGUUUACAACUAAGAUCUACGUGUUUACAGCUAAGAUCUUCUAUGAGUUGGUGGUACCAAGGGAAGCCAAACAGCUUUUACCCCUGUUCUUAGAGGGUAUUCUUUACUGUAACUAUUACCUAAUGCAUUUCUUUAAUUUUUUUUUAAAAAAACCCUAUGUUUAAUUUUGUUUUUCCAUAUAAAUAUUCAUUUUUAAAUGCUGAGUCUCAAAUCCAGGCAUUGUUGAGCACCCUAAUUACAUGCUCCUACCAUAUGUAGUCCACCUCCUGGAAAUAUUAUUUUCUAUUAAUUAUUUACUUUAUACAGUUAGAAAGAGGAAGGACAAAUAAAGAGAUGGCCUAGAAAGGCCAGUCAAUCCAGUUGAUAUUUUCCCUGGUCUUUAAAUCUAUAGUAAAGGCUCAGAGAAGUCUUGAAGUACAGUAAACAUUCAGAAUUUCCCAACUGAUUUGCCCAUGGAACAUUUUUUAAAAAUAUAUCUUUUCAGGGCUUCUCUGGUGGCGCAGUGGUUGAGAGUCCACCUGCUGAUGCAGGGGACACAGGUUCGUGCCCCAGUCCGGGAAGAUCCCAUAUGCGGCUAGGCCCGUGAGCCAUGGCCGCUGAGCCUGCGCAUCCGGAGCCUGUGCUUCGCAAUGGGAGAGGCCACAACAGUGAG